GAGUAUCUACAACUAGAAGUACUUCUAAAGUUUUAAAUUUUUCCAUUUUUACUCAACACUUUAAAAUAAUAAAUCUCCCCCAUUAUCCCAGAUCUAUAAGCUUGCUCAAAGAUUGUAUUUUUUUUGUGACCCAUUUUAUUUUUGCUUAUAAUCUCCUAUUUUCCCCCUGUUUUCUCACAUUUUUCUUCAUUUUGUCCCCUUUUCAGUUUUUUCCUUUAAAUAAAUUGUGUCUUUUCUUCUAAGGGGAAUGCCCCAAAAUGGGCAAAAUCUUCUCUUGUUAAUAUAGCUCAUAUAGUAGAGUAGUAUAUCUUUUGGGUAGUAUAUGUGCAUAGCGUAAGCCGUAAUGUAGAAGAGAUCUGAAGUGCAGUAAACUGUGUUUAUGCUGGUGGGUCAGGGAUACUUUCAAGCAUUAUUUUGACCCAUUGUUAAUUCUUGGGACUCCGUUUAUAAGAGAGGGUGAAAAUAUGCAGACUCCGAAAGCGAGUAGGAAUGGAUUACCAGAAGUGGCUCAAAGAACAUCUCCUAUCACGAAGUCUUCACAAAAGUUGUCUCCCUUGUCAAAUCGGACUGCUCGACAACUCAAAGUGGCAGGAUCAGGUUCUGGAAUUUCCUCUCCGACUUCUUUGAGCAGGACACCAAAGAAAAAGAGUCCGAAGGUUUUGGAACGUGGAUCACCACGAAGCCCCAUGACUGAGAAGCAUACCCCAAACAAGUUAUCGGAGCUAGAAUCUCAGCUAGCAAAGCUCGAAAACGAGCUUAAGAGGGCGAAAGACCAGCUAAAUUCUUCCGAAGCACUAAAACAACAUGCCCAACAAGAGGCUGAAGAAACGAAAAAGCAGCUCUUACUCAUGUCAGCGAGACUCGAAGAGUCUCAACACCAGCUGAUAGAGCUUUCCAAUUCUGAUGAUUCGCGGGUCAAUGAACUCCGAAAACUUUCCCAAGAAAGAGACCGUGUUUGGCAGUCUGAACUCGAGGCUAUCCAAAAGCAACACUCAAUGGACUCUGCUGCACUAGCGUCUGCUUUAAACGAAAUUCAAAAGCUCAAACGACAGCUCGAAAUGGUGGCCGAGUCUGAAGCUGCCCACAGUAUGUGUGCAGAAUCUGCACGCGCUGAGAUCGGAAAGUUACAAAUUGAGCUUGCAGAAACUUCUUUACUAGUCGAGAAUAUGAGAAAACAGCUUGAUGAAUGCAAGGGAUCGGAAGCUAGCGCCCUAGAAAUGGCUCGGGAAGCCCAGAUGCAAUUGGAUGAAACCAUUAAAAGUGCGGAGAAUCUUCGUUUUGAAGGGGUUAAGACAAAGGAAGCUUAUGAUAGUUUGGUCUCAGAGUUGGAUCAAUCGAAAGCUGAAGUUACUUCACUCGAGAAGUUAGUUAGGAAACUCGAGGAAGAUUUGAAGAUUAGGUCUCGAAAUUCGUUAGAUGCAUUGGGUGGGACCAUCCCCAAGGAGGACAGUGAUGAUACGAAAAAUGAAACCGAGGGGCUAAAAAGUGAAAUCGACUCGUUGAAACUCGAGAUAGGCCAGCUAAAAUCGGCCUUGGAAGCUUCGGAGCUAAGAUACGAAGAGGAGUAUAUACAAAGCACAUUGCAAAUUAGAAACGCGUUUGAUCAAGUGGAACGUGCAAAAUCCGAUUCUAGUGCUAAGGAAGCUGAAUACGAGGAAGAAUUGAAGAAUGCGAAAGUAACAAUUGAAGAGCUAAAAUCGGAGAUGAUGACUAAGGAGAUGAUGAUAAAGAAAAUGUCCGAGAAUAACAAUGAACUAAGGAUUAAAAUCGAGGAAAGUGAGAAUAGCUCGAGGAAAUAUGAGCUCGAGGAGGAGCUUAAGAAAAUGAAGGAAGAUAUCGAAGAUUUGAAGGUGGCUUUGAAGGAUAAAGAAACCCGUUUUCAGAAUUCUCGAGAGGAGAAUGAGAAGCUAAAAGACGAAAUUCGAAAGAGCGAGGAGGAGAAAACGCAAGCAAACAAGGCGGCUGAUGCACUAAUCGAGGCAGCAAAGGCUUCGGAGCAAGAAGCUUUGACAAAGCUCGAGGGUGUAAUCGAGGAGGCUGAUAAAAGUAGUCAGAGAGUUGUGCGAUCUUCUGAGCAGCUCGAGGCAGCCCAAACAGCAAAUGCCGAGCUAGAAGCUGAGUUGCGGAGAUUGAAGGUUCAAUCGGAUCAAUGGAGGAAAGCAGCCGAAGCUGCUGCCAAUAUGCUUUCGACUGGGGGCAAUGGUAAGUUUGUUGAUCGAACAGUCUCUCUCGAUAGUAACUAUAAUAGUCUUGCGUCGAAAAUGGACUCUCCGCUUUCGGACGAUUUGGAUGAUGAAUCGCCCAAAAAGAAAAACGUAAACAGUAAUGUGCUGAAGAAAAUCGGGGUGUUAUGGAAGAAGGGCCAAAAAUAGCCUCGGCUUUUCUGUGCGAUUUCUGGUAACACUUUUUUUUACCCGUGUUUAAAUUUCUUUGUUUUAGAAUCUCGUUCAUGUUUCAAUAGAAUAUGAGCUAUGUAAUCGUGUAUUGUUGAGGGGGAAAAUCUCGGGCAGGACGAUUUGAGGAGGGUUUGUAUAGUUCAAGCACAUGUUCAUUCAAAUCAUCUCUGUUUUAUGUGCAAAUUUGCUGUUUGCUGUAACUCGUGCAAAUUUGCUCGAAUCUGCUGAAUCGCUUGGUUGAA